AUGCCUCAUCAGCCUCCUCCAAGAAAUAAGAUAACAGAGCCUGCUCGUAAGGAGAAGGAAAAAGAUUUCAACACCAGUAAAGAACCAAUAAUAGGGUCUCAAAAUGCUGUCGAUUCUUCGGAACGAAAAUCAGCUCAGGAGCCAAGCAGCAAUAAUCCAGAAUGUAACCCCGAAAAUGCAUAUCCCGAUGUUGACCCAAAUGCACGAUAUCCUGACUCAAUUACCUUUCCUGAAGAAGAUUCAGAGGAUAGUUCAAAAAGAAAAAGACAUUUUGAUCCUGGUAAUGAAACCAUGGAAGAUCUAAAACAAGAUACGUUUCGCAGGAAGAUCCUUUUUCCGCCCACUAAAAAAUACAGAUACUAUCCAGUCACCUGUGAAUACUGUGGAAAACAGUUCCAGCCCAACCACCUGUCUGUUCACCGGAAGAAAAAACACCCAGAAAUCUUUUCUGCUGGUCCAGAUUUGAGAUCCGCGGCGUCUACAGCAACCAAAAGAGGAAGUCCGAAGCAAAAAAGUGGUAAAGGUCAAAGCAAGAGCGUUGGUGGGAUUCCUCGGCAGCUUAAGACGUGCUACAUAUGCGGGCAGAUGUUCGGAAGUAGGUCCAUCAAGAUACACGAGCCCCAGUGUUUGGAGAAAUGGAGGAUACAGAACAAUCAGCUGCCUCUUGAGAGAAGGAUGCCAGAACCUGUCAAACCACAACCUUUACCGAUAGACGACAAACUGGCAGGAGAAAGAGGAAGCUAUGGCGAGCUGCCAGAACUGUCUCCGGAAAAUGAGGCCGCGUACCAAAGCCACAAGCGAAACUUGAUACCAUGCGUGCACUGUGAUAGAACAUUCAGUCCCGAUCGUAUUGAAUUCCACGAAAGCUGCUGCAUAGAGAGACAGUCCAGGCAGUACGUCACUCCGAAGAACGGCAUCAAGCGCUGA